CGCUGAUUGACAGCGCGGCGCUGGGGAGGGAGCGCGGCGAUGGAGGCGGUGCGGGCACAGCGGCUGCAGCCCGGGGUGGGCGCCGGGCCCCGUGGGGCCCGGCCUGGCCUCACCGGGGCCCCCGCGGGGCUCGCACUGGCACCGGGAACGGGGUCAGGGCUGGGGCCGGGGCUGGGGCUGCCGCCGCCGCCGCCCCCGCUGGGUCUGCAGGGCUCCCCCGCUCCCCCCGGGACGGGGGCCGGGGCGGUGCCCGGGCCGCCUGCGGUGCUGCGGGAGGCGGUGGAGGCCGUGGUGCGGAGCUUCGCCAAACACACUCAGGGCUAUGGCCGCGGUGAGCGGGAUCGAGGGGGAACCGCGGAUGCCGACGGACCGAGGGUGAACGUGGUGGAGGCGCUGCAGGAGUUCUGGCAGAUGAAGCAGUCCCGCGGGGCCGAGCUGCGCAACGGCGCCCUGGUGCUCUAUGAGAUGGUCCCGGCCGCCAGCCCCCCGUACGUCUGCUAUGUCACCCUGCCCGGGGGCAGUUGCUUCGGCAGCUUCCAGUUCUGUCCCACCAAGGCUGAGGCGCGCAGGAGCGCCGCCAAGAUCGCGCUGAUGAAUUCUGUGUUCAAUGAGCACCCCUCGCGCCGCAUCACCAACGACUUCAUCGAGAAGAGUGUCUCCGAGGCCCUGGCGUCCUUCAACGGCAAUCGAGAAGAGGCUGAUAAUCCCAACACUGGGAUCGGGGCCUUCCGCUUCAUGCUGGAAUCCAACAAGGGAAAAUCCAUGCUGGAGUUCCAGGAGCUGAUGACGGUUUUCCAGCUGUUGCACUGGAACGGGAGCCUGAAGGCCAUGCGGGAGCGCCAGUGCUCGCGCCAGGAGGUCCUGGCUCACUAUUCCCACCGUGCUCUGGAUGAUGACAUCCGGAACCAGAUGGCCCUGGACUGGGUGAACCGGGAGCAGAGCAUUCCGGGCGCCCUUUCCCGGGAGCUGGCAGCCACGGAGCGGGAGCUGGACGAGGCCCGGCUGGCCGGGAAGGAGCUGCGAUUCCACAAGGAGAAGAAGGACAUCCUGCUGCUGGCAGCUGGCCAGCUGGGCUCACCACACUCCUCCGGGUGCUGAGCCCUGGGAUCCGGCCCCGGGAUCCUUCCCGGUGCUCCCAAAUCCCUUUCCUGAAUCCCGGGGAAUUCCCUGUCCCAUUUGCACAUUUGAAGAAAUUUUAGGGAAAAAGCUCCUGAAUGGAUUUUAGCAGUUCCAUCCUGAUUUUUAGAGCUGCUCCUCAGUCUCCUCAUUCUCUAGAGAAUUUCUUAUUCCCUUGAGAACUCCUUAUUCCCUAGGAAACUUUUUAUUCCCUGGGAAUUCCACAUUCCCUACAGAUGUUUUUUUCCUGUCCCUUAUUAUCGGGGUUUAGAUCACAUGUUUUGUCCUCUCCACACUCCAUCGGUACUGGGGCAGGUGGGGUUCCACAGAAUCCAGUGCUUCGUCUGGAAAAGCCCAUUGGAUCCAAUGCCUGGCAUCCCCUCCCUCCUGUAGCAGAAAGGGAUGAAUUAAACCUCUGUGAUGAGCGCCUUAAUUAAAUCUGAAUGGAUGCCAAUAUCCCAAGGGACUGAAAACUGCAGCUUGGAAUUAAAUCUGGGAUCAGCCUGCAGCAUUCCAGUCCCAAACAGGACAGGAUCUGCAGCUCCCCCUGGAAUUGCCCUUGAUGUUUGUAGCCAAACAUCGGCAUUGGCCUUUUUAUGGAAGGUUGGAAAAGUCUUGAAGAGUUAGUGAAUGAGUGAGGGAUUUGCACUAAUCGUUUCUAUCCCUUGUAUCGGUAUCCAUAUGGAAUUUAGACUGUAUUUAGCUUUAAAAACCCCUUUUAUGACACUGUCCAAACAGCUCCAGGUUCACCCAAGAAAAUGUCAGUUUAUCCAUGGAAAUUUCCAUCUUACUCCCCUUUUCCCCUGCAAACUGUGAAUACAAACUGAAUUCCAAGGCAGAAUUCCUUUUUCACCCCAUCUUAGAGCUUUUCCCACUUCUUAUCCCCUUAAACCCUUUAGAUUCCACUAUAUCCACCCUCCUCCUUCCUUCUGCAUGACCACAGGAUAUUCCAGCAAUAAUCAUUGUUUAGGAUAAAAUUGGAGUAAUUCCAAUCUGUAGGUAUCCCAUUUUUAUAUCUGUAGCUGAUUGGGGAGGGGGGGGGUUAUAUAUUUUUUUAUAAUUGCUACAAACACUCUUAAUGUUUGAUGUCGCUGGAAGUGGGAUUUAAGGGGAAUGGGAGGGGGGUGUGAAGUGUCAUUUUCCUGAGAGAUUGGGAAAAUUUGAUUUAGGAGCAAUGUGGAGUUAAUCCCGCAAUGUAUUCCCCUGAUUCCCCUCAGAAUGGAAUCCCUGAAUCUCCUCCCAGCAGUCCUGGUGGCUUCUUUAUGCUCCAAGUAAACAAAUCCGGGAAGAUCUGGGGAGUUCAUUUAAAAGAAAAAAAAAAAAAAAAAAAAAAACAAAAAAAAAAAAAACCCGGACAUUCCGUUGCUUGUGGGAUUGGGGCGCGCCAGUUUAGAGGCUCCGGAUCUCCUUGGAAGGUGUAAAAUAAACAAAUUCAAGUUUUCUCACUGUGGAGAAAGUUGUGCUCCUUGAUGAGGCUGUGGAAUUACGGAAAUCCGGCGGGAUAAACGGUGCUGUGGAUUUUAUACAAUAAACCCAGCGAUUUUAUUAAA